GACCUGAGCACCGAAAGGACGAGAAUCUGAAACAUACGCGAGAAAUUGCGAAGAAAGACAAUCUAUUUACUGCUCUCUCACGGACGCGACAAGUUAGCGAAGAUGUUCAAGCUCCUGUUCUGCAUCGUAAUCUUGGCAGGCAUAGCCGUUCAGGAAAACGCGGCUGCCGGCUCCUGUCGAAAUGCGAAUUGGUGGUCAAGUUUUGACCGAACUGGUUGGUCCAAAUGUCCUUCCACAUUGCCUUAUAUACGUGGUUUGUACAGGAAUAAAGCGUCGAGACCUAACCAUGAUUGGAUAUACCUCCUUGAAGAAGCGAGUUGUUGUGAUGGUGGUAAACCAAAUGCUCAAUGUGUACAAGCCAAUUGGGCGCGCAGUUUUGACAGACAGCGUACUUGGAACCUAUGCCCAACAGGAUAUUACCUCUCCGGACUUUAUCGCUCACAUGGCCAUAACCUACACAAUAUUGAGCAUGCGUGGUGCUGCAAACCUCGUGGAGCCCCGAAUUCUUACAAAUCAUGCUACAAUGAAAAUGUUGUGACGAAAUUUGACUGGAAUCGUAAGGGCAUGGUGUCGUGCACAAGAGCCGGUCACUACAUCACGGGUCUUUACAGAUCUACUUGUAACUACAUGUAUUGUAUUGAAUAUUUCAAAUGCUGUCAAAUGCAGCAGACCGCUGGUUCGAAUUCAGCCACAUGCAGUGCAACAGGUGACCCACACUAUCGAACCUUUGAUGGAAGACUUAUCCACUUCCAAGGCGAAUGCCAAUAUGUCUUGGCAAAAGAUGUGAACAACCAAUUUUCGGUGCUUGGCAAGAACAGGAAGUGUGGAAAUAAGGUUUCAUGCACAAAUGAGGUCACAGUGAAAGUGAAAAAUCUUGUUAUCGUUAUCAAACGCGGUGGAACCGUUACUGUCUUCGGAGUGGUCAAAAGAUUACCAUACUCCAAUCAAGGUGUGAACAUCAAGAGAGUUGGAAAUAAGGUCCUAGUGACGACAGAUGUUGGUUUAACGGUGAAUUACGAUUGCGUCUAUAACGUUUAUAUCACAGUUGCUGCAAAAUAUCGUGGGAAAACACGCGGAAUUUGCGGAAACUUUAAUGGCAACCCGAACGAUCUCCUCAAAUCUGACAACCGAGUGACUGGAAAUGAUCAAGAGUUUGCAAACUCCUGGAAAAUUGACAAAUCAUGCCCUGAUUCGCGUCCACCCAUAAAUCCUUGCACGACGGCUGGCGCUCAAGCCCAUGUAGCAAAGACGAAAUGUGCUUUACUGAAACAAGCUCCUUUCUCGGCUUGCCACAACCAUGUGAACGUUAACUCAGGUUUCAUCCAGGAUUGCGAGUUUGAUGUUUGUGCUUGCAAAACCAAUCCUUUGGCGUGCGUAUGUGAAGAAUACUCUGCUUACGUUACCACUUGUGGUUAUGCCGGAGUCAACAUCCAGUGGAAACAUCUUGCACAAUUCCGUCAUUGUGGCUCGGCAUGUGCCUCCGCUCCGUGUUUGAAUGGUGGUGUUUGCAAUAAUCAUGGAAGCAGUUUUAAAUGUACAUGUCCUGAAGAUUACCACGGUGACCGCUGCCAAACAGAAGUUCAGGCAACAUGCAGUGCCACGGGUGACCCGCAUUACAGAACUUUUGAUGGAAAGACAUAUAAUUUCAUGGGACAAUGUGAAUAUGUAUUGGCCAAAGAUACAGAAAACAAGUUUGUUGUGUUGGCAAAGAACAAACCAUGCGGUAGCUUGUCUCAAAAAGUAACGUGUACAUUCAGUGUAACUGUUAAAGUGAAAGGAUUGGAAAUUAAACUACUUCGCGGAGGACUGGUUCAAAUAUCUGGAAAACAUACGAAUUUGCCUUACAAUAAUCAAGGUGUGAAGAUUGUAAAACACGGUCUAAAAACUGUCAGAGUAACAACAGAUAUUGGAUUAAACGUACAAUUUGAUGGAGUGUACAAUGUCUUUGUCACAGUGUUUGGUCGAUACAAAGGGAAAACGCUUGGACUGUGUGGAACAUUCAACGGAAACAAAAACGACGACUUUAAAAAACCUAACAACCAGAUAACCACGAACGCGCAAGAUUUUGGAAUAUCUUGGAAAGUCGACCAAAACUGUCGUGAUGGCGGACCUGUCGGGAAUCCGUGUCAAAACGCCGGUGCUACAGCUCAAGAAGCCAAGAAGAAAUGUGCCGUGAUGAGAGGACUUCCGUUCUCACCUUGUAACAAUCUUAUAAAGGUGGACUCAGGAUUUAUCCAGGAUUGUGAAUAUGAUGUCUGUGCUUGUAAGGGACAUCCUCUCUCGUGUUUGUGCGAAGAAUAUGCAGCUUACGUUGACACCUGCGCAUUGGCUGGUGUAAAUAUCAAGUGGAGGCACUUGACGCAGUUCCGUGAAUGCCAGACUCCUUGCGCUUACGCUCCUUGUUUGAAUGGUGGUACCUGUACUAACGCUGGUCAAUCUUAUCGAUGUACCUGCCCAGCCGGAUUCAAAGGUUCUCGUUGUGAAACUGAAGAAACAGCAAAAUGUAGUGCUACAGGAGAUCCUCAUUACCUCACAUUCGAUGGUAGACGAUACGACUUUAUGGGAGUCUGUGAAUAUGUGCUUUCAAAGGACGUGAACAACAAUUUCCUUGUCUUAACCAAGAACGAGCGCUGCAACGGCCAUCGUUUCAGCUGUGUUUUAUCCGUCAGUGUAACAAUAAAGGGGUUGAAGAUUAAAAUAACAAGAGGAGGUCAUUUUACAGUGUUUGGUAUUCGUAAAAACGCACCCUACAGAAAUCAAGGUGUGAUAAUAACGAAGGAAGGCCUAAGAACUAUAAAAAUCCAAUCUGAUAUUGGCGUCUCAGUACGUUAUGACGGAGUUUAUAAUGUUUUUGUCACGGUGUCUGCACGAUACAAGGGAAAGACAGCUGGUCUUUGCGGGAACUACAAUGGUAAUGCCAACGAUGAGUUCAUAGACGUGAACUUCCGGCGUAGCGCCAGCAUCCUUCAUUUCGCUGAUUCGUGGAAAGUGGACCGAAGCUGUCCAAAUUCAAAACCAUCACCCAACCCUUGUCCUACUGCAAGCAAUGUCGCUCAGCAGGCAAAGAAGAAAUGCCAGUUACUGAAACAGCAGCCAUUUGCAAAGUGCCACAAUGCAGUGCAUCAGGAUGCGGGCUUUAUCAAAGAUUGCGAAUUUGAUGUUUGUGCUUGUAAUAAUCAUCCAUCCUCAUGUCUGUGUGAAGAAUUUGCUGCCUAUGCAACAUCGUGUUCCCUAGCUGGAGUUCCUAUUUCCUGGAAAAAUCUUCCUCAAUUUGCAGAGUGCAAUGCUCCAUGUGCAUCAGGUCCAUGCAGAAAUGGCGCUAUCUGUACAAACAAAGGCAAAGACUACAGCUGCGCUUGCGCUGCAGGGUACAGUGGAAAUCAAUGUGAAACACGAACUUGCACGAAUCCUAAAGCAUUAGGAAUGGAAAGUGGAAAGAUCCCAGAUUCACGAAUAACUGCAUCUUCGGAAUGGGAUUCCAACCACGGCGCAACCAAUGCGCGGUUAAAUUUCGCUAAGAAUUCUGGAUCAUGGUCGUCAAGAUAUAAUAACCAAAACCAAUGGCUGCAGGUUGAUUUCAAAUUCCGUGCUACAAUUACCGAUAUUUUGACUCAAGGCCGUGGCAGGCACAACCAAUGGGUACGAAGCUACACUGUUUCAUACUCUGAUGAUGGUCAUAAUUUCAAACCCUACCAAAGAAGCGGUCAUGAUAAGGUAUUCGUAGCGAACGUUAACCUUAAAAGCAUCGUGAAAAACACUCUCCACCCUGUUAUCGUGGCUCGUUUCAUCCGAAUCCAUCCUAAAACAUGGCAGGGUCAUAUUUCCAUGCGAGUUGAAUUCAACGGAUGCUUUGAAGGCCAACCAUGUGCAGCAGAACCAUGCCUUCAUGAGGGAAAUUGUGACAACGUUGGCGGAAAAGUUGUGUGCUCGUGUCUUGCCGGGUAUUACGGGAAUAGAUGUGAACAAAAAGAAUGCAAGAAUGCUGUACGUCUUGGUGUCGAAAAUGGCGAAGUAUUAGACUCCCAAUUAUCAGCUUCGUCAGAAUGGGACGCAAACCACGGGGUAGUGAACGGCAGAUUGAACUUCAAGGCUCAGGGACGCCGGCAAGGCGCUUGGUCAUCAAGGUAUAAUAAUGGCCAACAAUGGAUUCAGGUGAACUUCGGUCUUCAGGCCACUGUGACUGAGAUUCUUACCCAAGGGCGCAGCAAUGCAAACCAGUGGGUGAAGAGCUAUUCAGUGUCUUACAGCAAGGACGGCCUGAAUUUCUUCACAUAUCGCGUAAAUGGUCUUGUGAAGGUUUUCGGGGGAAAUAAUAAUAGAAACACAAUUGUUCGCCAAAGCGUCUCUCCUGUUAUUGUUGCUCAAUACAUCCGCAUCCAUCCGAAGACUUGGUAUAGGCACAUAUCAAUGAGGGUUGGUUUUGCCGGCUGUUUAAAAGAGUGGCCAUGUGAGACAAGACCCUGCCGUAACGGUGGUACAUGUUUGGAUUACCGUGGGGGUUACCUGUGCUCUUGUGCUAAAGGAUGGGCAGGCAAGAACUGUGAAGAUAACGUUGGUGAUUGUACACCAAAAAAAUAAACGGAAACUGUCUUAUUUCCAGGAAGUGAAAAUAGUUAACACAACGAGAUAUAUGCACACAAUAAUUAUGCACAAUACAAAUACAUGUAGUCUUGGAACAUUCUUAGGUAUCUACACUUGUAGAAACUGAUUCAAUAAAGUCAUGAUUUUGAAACGUUAUAUCUGGCAACAACUUAAUAUUUGUCAGG